AUGUCACUCGACCAUCUGGAGGAGAACGCCACUACGUCCUCACGUGAAUCAGAAGUAAAUGUCUCGGGCCUCGGCAAGGAUGUCGGUAUUGCUCAAAAUGCAACAAAUCCACAAGCAGCCACAGAAUCACAAACCACCACAUCCGAUCAGCCCAACACGUUCCAAAAUGCAUUAGCCCAGUUCUGGCAGAGACUCAGAUCGCCAGAACUACUGGAAGAUGAGAUUAACGGCCCCGUAGUCAUCAUGGGGACCUCUUAUACGGGCAAUCUAACUCUGCCGGAGAUUGAGCAUGCAAUCCAACGCAGGCUCUGGUUUACUUAUAGAACGGGGUUCGAACCUAUCCCUCGAUCCUUGGACGGGCCUAGUCCACUUUCCUUUUUAGGCUCGAUGAUAGUCCACGGUGUGAACCCCCAUGGUGCCUUUACGGGCUUCUUCGAUAACAACAGCUUCAAGUCAGACGUGGGCUGGGGAUGCAUGAUCAGAACGGCCCAGUGUUUACUAGCUAAUACGCUUCAGACGGUGUUAGUACGGGCCGCUAUUGCCGAGGGUAAUACGCCAGAUUGGCUGGCCAUCAAUAGCCAGGUGGUUGCCUUGUUCCAGGACUCCUACAGCAGCCCCUUUUCGUUGCAUAAUUUUGUUGGGGUGGCGUCUCAUCUGCCUUUGAAGGUGAAACCAGGGCAGUGGUUUGGACCUAGUGCCGCAUCUUUGUCUAUUAAACGUCUUUGUACCAAGGCUAAUGAGAAUUCCGGUUCGACUGUCUCGGUUGUGCCUCGCUUGAAUGUCAUGAUUUGCGAGAGCUGUGACCUCCAUGAUGACGAGAUAAAGACCGCCCUAAAAGAGAUGAGUCCGCUUCUUCUCUUGUUCCCAAUCCGUCUCGGUAUAGAGACCAUCAACUCGAUCUACUACCCAAGUCUUUUCCAGCUUUUGUCGUUAACGAAUUCCAUGGGUAUUUCAGGAGGCAAGCCUUCUUCAAGCUACUACUUUUUUGGCUACCAAGGUGAACUGCUUCUUUACUUGGAUCCCCACUCUUCGCAGCAGGUAGACGAGACCAACGGUUCUUACAAGCCGCUCUCGUGCAACACUGUGCCUAUAUCAGGACUUGAUCCCUCUAUGGUUGUGGGACUUUUGGUUGAAUCGUACGAUGACUAUCAGUCACUUAAGACCGAACUACAAGGACGAAACAAGAUCGUUCAUUUCCACGACCGUGCCCCUGCGAGAAGGUCCGUAUCGCAUUCUACCCAUGAGCGUAGCACCGAGACUGACAGAAAGGGUGAAAAUGCGGGUGAUCUCAGUGAUUUUGUCGAUAUCGGGGACGAUUUCGGUUCAGAGGAGGAGGGAGCUGAAGAUACAUCGCACUCCAUGGCUGCGAAAUACGACAUUGUCGAGGGUCCUUCGAAAGUCACAGUAUUAGAGGAUGAGAAUUAA